AUGCCAGAACACAUCGUUAAAAAACAUCAAGAAUUUAAGCAAAACCAGGACGUUAAUACAAGUGUUUUACAACUAUAUCAUGGAACCAAACAUUCUUGUAAUAUUAAAGAAUUGAAUAAUAUAGAUAUGUUAUGCAAGAAUUUUGAAUGUUGUACUUGUGGAAUUAUUCGAAACGGGCCUCAGCUAUCUUUGGCGAAAACUCGUGAUCUUGGAAGUAAAUGUUGCGGUGCUGAAAGUAGACUAGCUCUGUCAAAAAAUUCUAGGUCCCGUGAUAUUGAUAAAAAAUUAGAACUCAUCUGGCUAGCACCAACUGCCAACAUUUCCCAUGAAUAUACUGGUGUGAUUCCUCCUCAGAAUCAAACAACUUCAAAAUACACGAAUUGUUGUGCAGUGUUUUUAAUGGAUGUAGUUGCACCCGAACCAUUUAACGAUGUAUACUUUGUUAGAUCUGAAGAG